AUGUGCGGUUUAGAGAGGAGGAUCAAAGGGGGAACAGAAGCCGAAGAGGAAGGUGACAUCAUGACAGGAAGUACUGCAGACAAGGAUAAAUACGGGCCGAACACCAGCGAAGAAGAAAAACACCUGUACCUUCAGUGAGAAAGCCAGAAAGCAUCAGGUGCAGAAGAUCAAACAUUCACAUCUGAAUAUCGACGGAGAAGAGACCAAACGUCAGGAUGGCUUCAGCUAAUAACUCCUCCAAAGUCACGCUUUUCUGUGUGGUGGCGAUGAUGAUGAUGAUGAAGAUGAUGAUGGUGGAGGCAGCAGCAAUGCCCAAAGUAGGCGGCCAAUCAAAACACCCGAAGACCCACACCGAGGCCUCUGAUGGUGCGGAGGCGGAAAUGAUCCCGCUGCAAAUCGACAACAAGUUCUUGAAUCAUUACAGAAGUGUUCGGCCGCUGCAGAACGCCUCCGUCUCCCCGUGGACCUACAACAUAACUAACGAUGCCACCCUCGUGCCUCCCUUCCUGUCCGAGGCUCGCUGUCUUCUGCGCGGCUGCCUGGAUUUGGACGGUGUCGAGGACUUGAACCUGGAAUCCCGACCCAUAAUGCACCAGGUGAUGAUGCUGCGGCGCGUCAAAUCCAAGGGGGCAGAGACUGGGUACCACUACAGGCUGGAGUCCCGCCUCCUCGCCGUGGGAUGCACCUGCGUCCGGCCCACCGUCCAGUACCAGGACUGAAUCAGAAUGGAAAACCAGCAAAAAACAUCUCUAUUUAUCUGACUUUAAAUUGGUUUAAAUUAUGGUUUUGUAUUAUUUAUGUUGUAUAGGUAGAACUUAUAUCUACAGCUCGAGUCAUAUAUUAGCUUUACAGAACAUUAGCCACCUUUAGCUUAGCGGCGGUGACCGUGCUGUAGUUCCUUUAUAAUUAACGUAUUUUAUGAUGUAUUUAUUUAACUCCCAAGAUAGUAAUUUUUUAGACGUAGAUCUGAGAGUCGUCUGCAUAGAGGGUCAAACCUGGAUUCAACUGCUGCAGAAUAAUAGAAAAACGAAAGGACAUAAAGGUUCAAAUAAAAGUCCAUAACAGUCAUAGUAAUGAUAGUAAAUCACAAAUAUUACUUAUUUUGAUUUAGAAGUUGGAAUCCAAAUACGCGUAAUUAAACCAAAUUUCAUACAGAAAAUAUGACUUUCUGAUUGAGUUGAGAUAAGGACUUGCUGUAUAUUUAAAAUAAGUAGUGAGUAUCUCAGAAUUUCUAGCACCAAUUACCAGAUAAAACAUAAUUUCCCUGAUUUAAAUGUGUAUUUGUUCUUCAAUAAUCUGCUUAUUUCCCAUAUGUAUUUAUAUUCUAACUACAGUCCGGAGCUGGAGUUUAAAAGCUCUCAGAUGAUCAUUGGAUGUUUUUCGUAUAUGAUGUUUAUUUAUCGGUGUAGUUUAUUUAAAAUGAAUAUUUAACUGAGGUAUUUAUUGGAGGUUUUGUAUUACUGUUAAUGUAUUUAUUUGACUC